AUGGCUCAGCUCCAACUACCCCGAAUAGACCUCUCGGGGCUGCGAGAGAAGCAUACAGGGACCCCGGAAUGGGAAGCUGCGAGAGCCCAGGUCCUCCAGGCGCUGCGGUCCUACGGCUGUUUCGAGGUCAUCUAUGAUGGGUUCACCCAGCAGCUUCGCGAGGCGGUCUUCGGAGCUGCAGCGAGGGAGGUGAUCAGCCUCCCUGCCGAGACCAAGUCGCGGAGCCCUGGCUACUCAAGCUUUGGCGCUUUUAAGGCGCUGGACAGCGUGGCCAUGCUGGAUGCCACACCAGAGGGCAUCCAGAGCUUCCCCAACCUUAUGUGGCCCCAAGGAAAUGCAUGGACCAACGGAAGGUUGCAGUCCGUCCAUCAUCGAGUGGUGCUGAGUGGUGAUGAGACGAGAUACUCCACCAUCUUUGGAGCCUCUCCCAAGGAAGGGUACGUGGUCCAAGCCCCCGAGGAGCUGGUUGAUCAGCACCACCCGGCUCUCUUCAAGCCGUUCGAGUACGCGGACUACUUCCGUUAUUUCCUCGCAUCGAAGGCCGCUCUGAAAGCAGAAGACGUGCUCAAGGCCUACUGCGGGUUCCAAGGAGACCAAAUGGAAGAGGAAGCAUGA